UUCUCCAAUAGACUAUCAGCACACUGAAGAUCCAGAAAGCAGUUGAUCAUGCCCUCUACAGGUGCAUUGCCUCCAAUAAGAUGGGAGUAGAAGAGCGGGUCAUUGUGUUUCAAGUAGCUCGUUUCCUCAACCUAAGCAUCCUCCCCUCCAGCAGCCCUAUUGAGGGAGAGGAUGUGGUAAUGCGCUGUGUAGCUGAUCGACUGUUGUACUCUAACAUGCGUUGGAAUCGGGUAACAAGAGCAGCCAACCCUGAUGCCUCUCCUGCAGCCGUGCCCUGUGAUACCGUUACCCUUUCACCUCUCCACCAGACCAAUGUCACCAUAUCAGGCCUGCAGGGCACCAACGCAACGCUGGACCUGCCCAUACCAAAUGCCACAUUGAUGGACCAAGGCCUGUAUGCUUGCCAAGUAGAGAAUGUGGGCACCAGUGAGAGAACCUGCUUACUUCACAACCUCAGACUCAGAG